AUGACUUCGGACGGCCGGUCUGUCCGGAUUUUACCCAAGUUGGAUCCAUCGUCUACACAUGAUUUCAUUGCACCAUGCAAGAAGAUCCACGAGUCGCAAGAUGUGGCGGCUUUUUUAGUCUCACGAGCCUAUACCGAUAUUAUGACCUUCCUUUUACAAUUGAAUCGGUCGAUGUUCCCUGCCAAACUCCCAGAUGGCACCGAGCAGACAUGGCCCAUCGGCACCGACGCAGUACAGUUCUCCGCGCCUAUCCGCCAACUCCAGGGAUUGUUAUCGAAACUCGAAGAUUUGAUACAGGAGUUUCCUCCAAACACUGGACCGCGAAGAUUUGGGAAUAUCAGCUUUAGGAAAUGGCACGAGGUCCUGGCUGAGCGAGCCUCUGGUCUUCUAAGGGAGUUUCUACCAGCAGAGCUAUUGGAUACUCCCUCCACAGAACCAGAGGGACCGACAGCGGAGGCAGAGUUGAAGGCAUACUUUCUCGGUAGCUGGGGCAGUGGACAAAGAUUGGACUAUGGAACCGGACAUGAAUUGAGCUUCCUGGCCUUCUUGGCCGCUAUUUGGAAGUUAAAUGGGUUUCCCAACUCUGAAUAUGGCGUUGAAGAACGAGCAAUUGUCCUUGGGGUAAUUGAACCAUACCUUGAACUUAUCCGAUCUUUAAUCAAGACAUACACUCUUGAACCUGCCGGGUCUCAUGGUGUCUGGGGACUUGAUGACAAUUCAUUCAUCCCUUACAUUUUCGGCUCUGCACAGCUAGCUCCCGCUGUUAACGAGGCAGAUCUCAAUCCAGAAGAAGGCUCACUACCAGAUGCGCCUGAUCCAGGUCUAGUGGCUAAAGCCAAUGCGGUUGAGAGGGAAAGGCGAACUAACCUGUAUUUCUCGGCUGUUGGAUUCAUUUAUGAUGUGAAAAGGGGGCCUUUCUGGGAACACAGCCCCAUGCUUUACGAUAUCUCUGGCAUCAAAGCUGGAUGGGGCAAAAUAAACAAGGUGAUUCAUCCCAUUAUAACUGGUACUCGAUUCAAGUCUAAUCAUCUUGUCGCACAGGGUAUGGUGAAAAUGUAUAACGCCGAGGUCUUAUCUAAGUUCCCCGUUGUACAACAUUUCCCAUUUGGUUCUUUGUUUAGUUGGGACCGUGAUCCUAAUGCAAUUGCUCCUCCAACUACCGUUCACGCAACUUCAGGUCCACAGGCACGACCUGUUGUACCAGAUGGGGGUUCUUCAUCAGCCACAGCUCGACCAAACAUAGAUGCAGGAACAAAGGCACCAUGGACGACUUCGGGAGAAGGUAUGCGUGUUCCUCCCAUGGGAGCCACAGCAGCACCGUGGGCAACUGCGCGUGGGAAUGGCCCUUCAAUCCAGAGUUCAGCCCUACCGGAUACAUCUCGGUUGCCCCCAGGUCCUAUGGCUCCUACCAGAGCCCCUUGGGCCACAUCGCAAGCCCCUCCUCCUCCACCAGGAGGUGAUGGUCCUACAAAGGCUCCUUGGGCUAAAUAA